GUGUAAGGAUACAAGGCAACGAUCUCUUUUCGACGUUCUGUUCUCUGAAGGCCUAGAACGCGUAUACAGCGAAAAGGUUGAGAGAGAAACCCUAGAUUUAUUCCGACUUCAAUGGCUAACGACGCUACUCACCGGAAGCACCGCCGAUCUGCUUCCGAUGAGGAGGAGGAGAAGUCCUCGAAGCGUCAUAAGCAUCGUCAUCAUCGCCGCCACCACCACAGACAUCGUCACGGUAGCAAUAAGAACGAAGAAGAAAGCUAUCGUGACCAGGACGAUAGUGUUCCUCCUGUUGCUAACCGUAGAUCUCGGCUUGAAGAUGAUGUGGAGGAAGGGGAAAUUCUCGAAGAGGAUGAGUCUGGCGUUCGCGAGAAUGAGAGUGCGAUGAAGGAGGCGGAUGUGGAAUAUGGGGAAAUUGAAGCUGAUGGAAAUUCUGAUAGAGCUGAUCGGUCCAUUGUGGAGCAUUAUUCGGUGGAUGGAUCAUCUAAUACCGAGGCAAAUUUAACUGUGAAAAAGGGAGCAGGAAUCUGUCCUCAAGAUCAGAAGAUGUCGAAAGAGAAGAAUAAGUUAAUUAAUUUAGUGGACAAAGAUGGUUAUUAUCUAAAAAAGGACUUAGAUGAGGAAAGCACGACUUUCUACCAAACUAACAGUGGCCAUAAACAUGGCAAUGAUGUUAGCUUUUCCAGAAGUGAAGUGACUGGAACUAAAUACGGCGAUUUUGAACCCUGUCUAGAGGGUCGUAACAAAAGUGAAUUUGAUCAAGGAUUUCUUGAGUUAGAUGAGAGUCGGCACAAACAAAUGUCAUCUUUUUCCAAAGGUGGCAGUAUGAAAAUAAGCGACAUUGACAAUAAAAAAGUGGUAACAGACAGAAGCACCUUGGGGAAUUCAAAAAGGCCACAGUUGGAAAGGGCUGAAGAUAAGUCCCAGGAUUUUACGCCAUCAACAUCUCAUGAUCGAUUCAUUGAUGCAUCAGAUUGUAGGAGUAGAUCAAGGUCAAAUUCUCACUUCAGGGGGCAAUCUCAGUCUCGUGAAACAGCAGAAGAGGAGGUGGAAUCCAAGAGGAGUCCUCAUCGUGGUUUAGAUCGUUUGGGAUUUGAUGAGUAUGCUAGGGGGGAGGGAAGGCAUCGAAGCAGGGAUACAAAGGACAGAGGGAGAAGUAAGAUAGAGGUGGACAGGGACUGGUCAAAGGAAAAAGAACGGGGAAAAAGCAAAGAUAAAAAUAUUGAGAGAGAUAAGCACAAGUUUGAUGAAAGAGAAAGAGGAAGGAGUAGGGAUGGAAGGAAGGAGGUAGAACGAAAUAGGAGUAGGGAAAGAGAAUUGGAUAGAGAUAGGAGGAGGGAAAAGGAUGUGGAAAGAGACAGGAGAGUGAAGGGAAGGGAUCGGAGUAGGGAAAGGGAGGCAGAAAGAGAUAGAAGAGUGGAUAAGGAAAGAGAUUGGAGUAGGGAAAGAGAGGUAGAGAGGGAUAGAAGAGCAGAGAAGGAAAGAUGUAGGAGCACAGAUAGAGAGGGUAAUAGGGAUAGAAGAAGAGAAAGGGAAAAAGAUAGGAGCAAGGACAAAGAAGUGGACUGGGAUGGGAGAAGGGAUAGGGACAGAGCUCGGAAUGAUGAUAAGGAGGCUGAAUAUAGUGAUCGAAACAGAGACAAGGAAAGGGUGAGGGAGAUGUCAAAGGACCGGUUUAGGGACAAAGAAUCAGAUAGAGAGAGACGAGAUGAUAGAAAUAAAAAUAAAGCCAGUGAUAUUUUAAGUAGUAAGGAUAAGUAUGGGAACCUUGAACAUGGCUAUACUAAAGUUUCUAGUAAGCAGUCUAGACGUUAUGAGAAUGAAUCUGGUCAGAAUGGAGGAAGAAAUGCUUAUGAAAAGCAUGGUAGUUUUAAGAAAAAUGCUCUUGAAGGAGGCGAAGACAAUCUAAUGAGUGAUGACGUUGAAGAGGAAGAGGAUGAGGACAUGUCAUUUCAAUUUGCUGAUCAAGAAGAGGAGUACCUUAACAGAAUCAAGGAGGAGAGUAGAAGGAGGAGUCGAGCAAUCUUAGAAAAAUACAAGUGUCAGCAGUUAGAGAAACAAGUAAAGCCUUCUUCGAAGGAAUCUGAGAAAGAUAAGGAUUCCACAGACGAUUCUUCUCAAUCAGAAGCUGGUGCUCAUGCUAUUCCAGACUUGGUUGAUGGUGUGGUGGAUGAUAGUGUUGCUGAUUCAUCGUUUGUUGUGGAAAAAUCACCACAACAAAAUGGAAUAGCUGCGUCUGAUAAAACUGCUGGUACCAAAGGACUUGGAGAGGGUACUCCAAAGGCUGAGGGGUCAGAUGGAAUAUUCUGUGACGAUAUUUUUGGAGAAACACCUGCUGCAGUUCGUAAAAUGGGCAAAGGAGAUGGUUUGCGUAUAGAGAGGAGUGGUCUUCAUGACAAUUGGGACGAUGCAGAUGGAUAUUAUAACUAUCGAUUUGGUGAAGUCCUUGAUGGUCGGUAUGAAAUUGCUGCUGCUCACGGCAAAGGUGUCUUUUCAACUGUAGUCCGUGCCAAGGAUCUCAAAGGUGGUCAUGAUGAACCAGAAGUGGCAAUCAAAAUUUUGCGUAGUAAUGAAACAAUGUACAAGGCUGGUUUGGAGGAGUUGGUCAUAUUGAAAAAGCUAGUCUUGAAGAAAUUUGGGCGCAAUAUUGGCCUUAAGCUAACUGCUGUGAGGGCAUACGCUAAGCAGCUUUUUAUUGCCCUGAAGCAUUUGAGAAAUUGUGGUGUUCUACAUUGCGACAUAAAGCCGGAUAAUAUGCUGGUCAAUGAGGGCAAAAAUGUGCUGAAGCUUUGUGAUUUUGGCAAUGCCAUGUUUGCUGGUAAAAAUGAAAUUACCCCAUACCUUGUUAGCCGGUUUUAUCGUGCCCCUGAAAUAAUUUUAGGGCUGCCUUAUGACCAUCCAAUGGAUAUCUGGUCUGUGGGUUGCUGUUUGUACGAGCUGUCUACAGGAAAAGUCCUUUUUCCAGGUCCUUCUAACAAUGACAUGCUGCGCCUGCACAUGGAAUUAAAGGGCCCUUUUCCAAAGAAGAUGCUUCGCAAGGGAGCAUUUACUGACCAACAUUUUGACCAGGACCUGAACUUCCAUGCUUCUGAGGAGGAUCCUGUUACUAAAAAGACCAUAAAGCGAAUAAUAGUCAAUAUAAAGCCUAAAGAUAUUGGAUCAAUUAUUAGGGGAUCUCCUGGUGAAGAUCCAAAGAUGUUAGCCAAUUUUAAGGAUCUUCUUGACAAAAUUUUUGUAUUGGAUCCAGAAAAAAGGAUGACAGUAUCACAAGCAUUGAACCAUCCGUUCAUCACUGUCUUAUUUGUGAUGACCUAAGCUUCUGGCACAAUUAUGGGAUGAUUGAAUUCAGAAGGGGUCAUAUUGGUCAGGAGUGGCGGGUUCUUUCAGUGGAAUGUACUGUUUCUAUUGAUGCCUGCUUCUGCUCUGAGAGAACCUUCCAGUGCUUGAGUGAUUUAGAGGCACUCAGAAGAAGGCACUAGCAUUGGAGAGCUGUGGUACCAUGUGAAGUAGUGUUGCAGGCAAACUUCCCAUCAUCCCCAUUCUCUUGUAAGUAUUUCCAAUUCCAUACAACUCUAUUGGCACAGUUUUCUUCUUUGUAUUAUUUCUUAGAAAGAACACAGAGAUUCAAGUUUAUGAAAGUAUCAAGGAUAAACUCUUGGAUAUCUUAAAUACUUGUCGUGUGCACAAUAGUUUGAUGAUAAAAAUGAAUGCAUCAAACUAGCAGAGCUCCUGAUCUGAAAAACAAAGCAUGAAUUUUAGAAAUAUAAAUAUAUGCAAUCUUAUUUCAGUCUGAGAUCCCUAUGGAAGUUUAAUAUCACGACUUUUGUAUCGAUAUUUUUGUAGGUCUUGGACAUAUCUAAGAGUGCCUUACUUUUAUCGUUGAGGUGUUGCAAUGAUUUAAUUUUCAAUUAUAUUUCUUCCGUGGAUUUAUCAUAAACUAAGGUUAGGGAUGAAGAGCAUCAACCCAAAUGUUGCGGAGUACUGGUGAUACAAAUGUUGUGAUAAGGAUACAUUCUUUAGUAUUUUAUAAAAAAUUCUAUGCAAAUGCUUAUCAUAAGUUGAUUUCUCUGCCA